AUGCCCACCUACGUAGUAACGCACCACACCAACCGCCUGCAACCCGCCCAAAAAACCAACAUAGUCCAAGCCAUCACCCAAAUCCACUCCCAGGAAGGCCGCGCCCCGCAAUACCUCGUGCAAGUCAUCUUCAACCCCAUCCCUCCAGGCGACUGGUUCAUCAACGCGCGCCCCGUGCCCGCCGACCAGAUUUGGAUCCGAGGGGAUAUCCGCCCCGGCCGCACGGAGGAGCAGAAGAACCGGCUGUGCGAGCGCAUGACGGCCGAGUGUGCGGCGGCGGUGGGGAUCGAGGGCAGUUUUGUGUGGGUUUAUAUUGUGGAUGCGGAUAAGACGAGUGAGUUUGGGAAGGUGCUGCCUAAGCCCGGGGAGGAGGCGAAGUGGUUGGAGGAGAUUGAUGGGAGUGUGAGGGAGAGGUAUGGCUUUUGA